CACAAGGUACCUCAGCCAGUCUGCAUAUGGGACACACACUCCUACAUUAUUUCUCUAACACACAUUUCUGUACCACUCUACUUCAUUACCCUUCAGUGCAGUUUCUCAGCUCACUAAUAAGUGCAGGGUUUCACAAAAACGUGUUUCACACUUGGAGCCUGUCUUGAAUCUCCCGUUCCGAUUACUCGGAAUACUAUAAGUGAUACUUCCGAUACUAGUAUGUGGUGGUUCCAGAGGGGGUUAUGUGUCCUCCCUGUGACCCUGGUUGUCUGGUCAUCCGCCACCUUUGUCUCCAGCUAUGUCACUGCUGUGCUGCUUGGCCAUGUCGACCCACUUGUACCUUAUAUCAGUGACACCAGUGCAGCGGUUCCUGAACGCUGUGUCUUUGGGCUCAUGCUGAACAUCUCUUCCUGUUUAGGUGUAGCCAAUGUCUAUGUGCGAUACAAGCAAGUCCAGGCACUGGCACAUGAGGGUGAUCUUAGACUGCAUCGACUUAACUAUGUCGGCCUGGUCCUGGGCAUAAUGAGCUCAGUGGGUAUGUGUGUUGCCGCCAACUUCCAGAAAACCACAAUCACAUCUGUGCACUUGCUGGGUGCAGGGCUGACCUUUGGCUGUGGGGUGCUCUACAUCCUGGUUCAGACAGGGAUGUCUUACCAAAUGCAGCCUCGCUUUCACGGCCGGGAUGUCCUGUGCGCACGCACGGCUGUGGUACUUUGGACAAUGGCCAGCGUUAUCAUUGCAUUCGUGUCAUCCGUUGUUCUGUAUGAUUACAUACCAAGUAUGAACAGGAAAUUACAUUGGAGUCCAACAGACAUGGGUUACACGGCCCAUCUAAUCAGCGCUAUGGCUGAGUGGUCUCUAGCUUUCUCCUUCAUCUGCUUCUUCCUCACCUACAUCCGAGACUUCCAGAUUUCUGUGUUCCUUGCUCACCAGAAAAUCCAGUUGCGGGUGGAAGUUGUCAUGCAGAGAAACCACCUUUAUGACUACACCCAUUAUGAUGUUAGAGUGCAUGUACACCAUGAGGAGAACUCACCCCUGCUGGCUGGGGGCAUCUGAGUCACAACACUCCUGUGGUAUUGAUGCCACAAUGCUGUGCCGUCCCAGAAAAAAAUUCAGGAUUCUGGUAUAUUUGAACUUAUCUGUUAUCAUGUGAUUUUUGUCCAUGGUUUUCAAGGAAAGGCGGCAAGAGAAUGCCAUUUAAGAAUUUUUUGGACCAAAGUGAUCAUGCUUCUGCCGAGCAACUCUAUUCUGUUUGGACCAAACAACAGUUUAGAGUACGGCCCAUUUGAUUAAAGGAGAUGGCCA